AUGCAGCUUUCUGCAAGGCUCCUGCGUGUUCUUGCCAUUCUCCUUGUCGCCCUGCCGACGCGCUCCGCGGUCCAUGCGGCAAAUGAUACCGAAGCCGUCGGCGCGGCGGGGCACGACGACGACAGGCCGUCCCCGCCGUGCUCGCCGGCGGACCGGGCCGCGCUGCUCGGCUUCAAGGCCGGCGUCGCCGCGGACACCACGGGCAUCCUUGCCACGUGGGCCGGGAACGACUGCUGCGGCGCAUGGGAGGGCGUGACCUGCGACGCCGCCACGGGGAGGGUCGUGGCGCUGCAGCUGGAGGCGCCGCCGCCCAAGUCGCGCCACUACAUGCAGGGAGCCCUGUCCCCGUCCCUCGCCGGCCUCGAGUUCCUGCAGGCCUUGGUGAUCCGCGACAUGGGCAGGAUCGGCGGCGCCAUCCCGGCGGCCAUGUCGCGGCUGACGCGCCUCAGGGAGCUCUACCUUGAGGGCAACAUGCUCGCCGGGGCCAUCCCGGGGAGCCUCGGCAAGCUGGGCUCCCUCCAGUACCUGUCGCUCGCCGGCAACCGCCUCGACGGGCAGCUGCCGCCGGAGCUCGGGGCCGUCUCCGGCUUGGAGCAGAUCAACGUCGCCCGGAACAGCCUCUCCGGCGCCGUGCCUCCGAGCUACAAGAAUCUUUCGAGGCUGGCGUACCUUGAUAUGAGCAACAACCUCUUGUCUGGUGCCGUGCCCGGGUUUAUCGGUCAGUUCAAGAACCUCGCCUUGCUUGAUCUCAGCAACAACAGCUUUUCCGGUGAGAUACCGGCUUCACUCUGCACCUUGCACAGCCUGACAGACUUGUCGCUGAGCCAUAACAAGCUUGGUGGCCAGAUUCCACCCCAGAUGGGCAGCCUCCGGUCUCUGAAUUCUUUGGCUAUGGAUGACAACAUGUUUGUAGGCUCCAUUCCGGCAUCAUUCCUAGGCCUGCAGAAACUAUGGUACAUGAACCUGUCAAGAAACGGACUUUCUGGUCCACUUCCCACCGGCAUCCGCAAUGCUCUGCCUUCUUUGGUAUCCAUGGACCUAUCCCACAACCAUCUCAUAGGCGACAUCGAUCAAUUCUUCAGAAGCUUAUCGACAGCAAUUAAUGAUGUCAAGCAUUCCAACAAUCCUUCACAGAUUGUUCUUCCCCAAAAGCUAGAGCACUUGGACCUGUCAGAGAACAGAAUCACUGGUGCCCUACCCGACUUCGCGCGAGGCGCAGGGCUGAAGUGGCUUGACAUCUCAAGCAACGCCAUCGGCGGCCAGAUACCGAUCUCGAUCUCGAAACUGAGCAACCUGGAGAGGCUAGACAUAUCCAGGAACCGAGUCAGGGGCAUCAUCCCUGCAUCCAUGGCAGAGAUGGUGCACUUGCAAUGGUUGGACUUGUCCAGCAACGCGCUCGUCGGGAGGAUACCAGACAACUUCACAAGACUCACAAGUGUGCGACAUGCGAGCUUUAGACGCAACAAAUUGUGUGGGCAGAUACCGCAGGUUAAGCCAUUCAAUUUGUUCCAUGCGGCCGCGUAUGCGCACAACCUGUGCCUAUGCGGUAAGCCGUUACCCCCGUGCAGGAAGAUAUGA